AUGCGCUUGUCAAAUGGUUGGGUAUUCAGUAUUGUGGUCCCGCUGGCGUUACUCCAUGGUGCUCCAAGUGGUGCAAAACCCUCAUCGCUUGCUGACUUGCUUUUUCCGGAUAAGGGAAUGGCAGAGAUUGAGGGUGGUAAGGUGGAGACCUGUAAGAUGUUCUCCGUCAGGCUGAAUGGCGAGUAUCGGGAUUUGGCGCGCAUCAACGGAAAGGGUCAACUUUUCCAGCUUUGGACAAAGCUGAAUAAGAUGCUGCAUUCCAAUGCAGGACGCCAGAAGCCCAAGCUAGUGCAAAUCAUUGGGCAAUCGCCUAUAUCGGGCGUCGCUUGCGGUUCUGGCAUUCAUGGAUUUCGAAUUGAUGGUCAGGUGAGUAAUGGCCGGAAAAUUGUUCCCAACGUAAGGAACGCAGUUCUCCAUCUCCUGUUCUGUGACCCAGAGCCGGAGAUCUUCGAGCAUGGGGAAUGUACUGAUAAUGGAUAUGGCAUGGGAUGUGAGAAACACCCGGUCACUGAAGCUCAAUUUCCUGACACCACGAAGAGUGGACAAGAACUCCACGGGUGUUGCAUUUGCCCACAAAAAGGCGUUACGCGAGACCUCGACUUCUACUCCUGUAACAUUCGGGCCGAUUACGAGGCGAGGAUAAAUGGCAAGACCAUCGAAGCUGCCGUCGACAAGAUCGACCUCCGACACAUUAGACAGGAGAGGGCCUGGAGACGACCACAUCUGAAAUUUCACUUUGCGCCUUUGUCUGCCGUGGCUAUGUAA